AUGUCUGUACCGCGAGUUCUGACACCUUUGACAUCAUCGACGAGCUUGGUCUUCCGAUUCGCCUCAUCACCAGCAACCUCCUCCCUCCGACCCUGCCAACAUGUCCUACGAUCCUUCUCCUCUAAGAACUCAUCGCGGAUGUCUUCAAAACGAAAGAUGCAAACGAGCACCGCAUACCAGCCAUACCCUCUAGACACCCAACCUCCGCCACCUCGAAACGCGGGAAUUCCCGAUACAUCCAUCGCGGGCGGCAUCCCGCAGUUCAACGACACGCGACCCCCAAAGCAAACUGGGCAACAUGAGGUCGGAAUAGAAAGCCCAGCAGAGCAGAAGUCUAGCAUCAGUGUGACCGAACAAGAGGCACAGACAUCCAAGCCUGUGGUACCUGCGGCGCAACCUCGAGCAAAGCCCAGACCAAAGUUACGAGCACGCAAGGCUGCGAUGAACCUCACACCUGGGGCAGUAAACCAGUUACGAGCAAUGCUUAACCAGCCAGACCCGAAACUCAUCAAAGUGGGGGUCAAGAAUCGUGGAUGUAGUGGGCUGGCAUACCACCUAGAAUACGUGGAGAAGCCCGGGACGUUCGACGAGACGGUGGAACAAGAUGGAGUGAAGGUUCUCAUUGAUAGCAAGGCACUUUUCAGCAUUAUUGGGAGUGAGAUGGAUUGGGUAGAAGAUAAACUCAACCAGAGGUUUGUGUUUAGAAAUCCGAAUAUAAAGGAGCAAUGCGGUUGUGGAGAGUCAUUUAUGGUCUAG